AUGGACUACAGGUCGCAAUCUACAGCGAAAGAGGAGUACAUAGCCAAUGUUGAUCAGACAUUGAGAGAACUCCAAGAGAAAGUCCAACAACAUGAAAACGAGUUGGAGAAGCUUCGUUCAGAGCAAAGCCAACCCCCACAGUCUGCGGCUGGACAGGCACGUCUCAUACAGGUGGCUCUCAAAGAAGUGACAGUGUCGGAUCCCUUUCUCCCCUCGCCAAGGUCGCUGCUACCGACGCUGUUGGCGUUUCGCAAGACUCACCAGACCAUUCAAGAGUCCAAAUCCUAUCUUGCCUCUCAGCGUGCGGGACAUGAACAACUAUCGCGUCAGCUUGAGGUGGAUGAAGCGCGCCUCAAAGAUCAAAAUCUACUUGGCGAUGCUCUAGCUGCGCGUAUCUCGUCGUUACGCGAUGAAGUAGAUGCGGGUACUCACGUCACCCAGGGAGAAGGAGCAAAGGAACUAUUGCAAGAACUCAGGGCUAAGAAGAAGUCUUAUGACAGAGAGACGUCAAAACUCAUGAAAGCUCUCCUUCGAUUCAUCGAUAAUCAGCUGGCACCCAUGCUUGCCGCAGAAGAGCUAGGAGGGCCUGUGGUUGGGGAUCUUAUAGGUAUUGAUGGAGAUGAUUUGGCCGCCGGAUUUAACGCACAAGGGAAACUCAGGAAACCAAAGGACAGUGACGAUAAAGGAGAUAAACGGCAACGCAGAAUCGAUGAGAUUUGGGGACAGGCUACUAAUGAGGGCACUGGGCGUCAGGACGAGAUUGCAGCUGCAGCUGCAGAGAUGAAGCAACUGACAGAGGAGCUUCUCAACACGCUUGCUGAAGCACAAGGCAAUAACUCAGCAUCGUAUGUGCAAUUGUCGCGUGAAACCGCGGCUGCACGGUUUUUGGUCAGGUCUAAGGUUGCACAAUUCCAUCCUAAAGAUGCAACCAGGCUCAAACUGGUGGACUUCGGACGAGAUCUGGAACCCUGA